AUAACCCUUUCGAAGAUGAGCUAUGUACUGUUUGAGAAACAAUAUGUUCUUCUUUGCAGGGGUUACGUCUUUAGAGCCCAGAGUCAACAAAUCAAGGAAAGAGGAGGCAAUCAAAGCACAGGUAUUGACUUCUUCAUCACUCAGGAGAGAGUCAUCUUUUUGGAUACGCAGCCUAUUCUCAGUCCAUUUAUACUCGACCACGUUAUCAACGAUCGAAAGUUGCCUCCAGAAUACAACCUUCCGCACACGUAUGUGGAAAUGCAGUCCCUUCAGAUCGCCGCCUUCCUGUUCACUGUGUGCCACGUAGUUAUAGUGGUUCAAGACUGGUUUACCGACAUAAACCUGUACAGGUUUCUGCAGACUGCCGAGAUGCUGAAGCCCUCCACUCCAUCCGCAAGUCACGACAGCACCGGCUCCUCAGGCAGCGAUGACGGAGCGGAGUACUAUCCUCAUAUAGUUUUUCUCCAGAAUAAGUCCAGACGAGAAGAUUUCUGUCCAAGAAAUUUUAAGAACAUGCAUAUGGUGGUGGACAAACUAAUGGCACAUUCUCAUCUUAAAUACAAAGGUACAUUGUCCAUGUUGGACUGCAGCAUCUUUCCAGGCCUGGCGCAGGAAUACCUGGACACCGAAGUCAACAUGUUUCUGCUUCCGGUUCAAGAACAUGAUGGGGAGGAUCUGAACAAAGCAGGGGCAGGAACAUACCCGCUGUUCUCUCUGCUGCCCGGUUACAGAGGUCACCCCACGUUCUCCACCAUGGUUUCGAAGCUCCGCAGCCAAAUCCUGGCCAUGCCUCGCUGUCAGCUGUCACACACCAUUCUCACUGAGAAAAACUGGUUUCACUAUGCCGCUCGUAUCUGGGAUGGUGUUAAAAAGUCUUCGGCCCUAUCUGAAUACAGCCGCCUCCUCUGCUAGCACCGGGGUUAAAUCACAGAUGUACAGAGACAUUUUUAUGUUUAUGAUUAAAGAGCCAGACUUGUGCGUUAUAAUGAUGAACUAUUACGUUUAAAUCAUACAACACAAUGUUUAAGGAGAGAACCAGUUAGAAGACGAUGCUAGAUUCUUUGGUAAAAGAAAAAUGCUUUUGUAAGUUAUUCCUGUUUGAGAAAAACACAAAAUAACAAUAAAAAAGGCCAGAAGUGAAAAAACUGAAAUGGUUUAAAACGUCUAUUGACAUGAAGGAAUAGCGUUCCUUCAUGAUACCUGCUGUCUGACUAAUGUGAACUGUGCUUUGUGCUUAGAGGGUAAAUUAUGUUCAUAUUCACUCUUCCUGAGCAUGAAUGUCAUAAUAAUGUGAGGCUUCUAAGAAAUCUUUAGAAUUAUUUUCUGCUGGGAUGUAAGGAUUGUUUAAAAUAAGAAUUUAUUGCAAACAGUUUUUAUUGAGCCUUUUCUCUAAUACAGUCACAGUUGGCUACACUGCCUCAAAUAUUUCUAUAGCUGCUCUUUGUUCUUUAAUUAAGCAGAACUAAAGGAUUGAAAAUGUCUGAACCUGAAAAGGUCACAGCUUCUUAACUUCCAGUUGUCAAUAUUGAUUGCAGCGGUUAGAUUUUUUUUUUUUAGCAUAAAAAGGAUUUUUCUGAACACUGGAAAGGUUCAAGAGACUGAGAUGGGAUACAUAUAGCUAAUUUGAGAUAUUUCCUAAAAACCGAGCUCUUAAAGAUUAUUUCACAAAAAGAUGCAUAAUUACAAUUUAUACGCAGAGGUCAUCGCUUUUCCAAGGUUUUGAAGGACUCAGUAAAAAAUGUUUUUAAAUAAAUGGCACUACAUGAACAGAGUGAUUUAGAUUGUGGUUGCAGGCAGUAGUGCACCAAGUUGUUUGCCAAACAUCCCAACAAAAACGCAAGAAGAAGAACAAUAUGUAGAAGAAUUACUUCUACUUUAAUACUUUAAGAACUUUCAUAUCUGUUACUUUUAUACUUUUACUUGAGCAAAAGGUUUGAGUUGAUAAUUCUGUCGAAGUAUUUUUAAACCCUUGUAUUUAUAGUUCUACUUGAGUAAUAGAUGUGAAUACUUUUGACACCUGUACCACUAAGACAGAUGGGUUUUUAAGUUUUACAAUUUAUGGAAAAAAAUAUGUAAAUAUCAUUGUGUUGCUUCUAAAUGGCUAAUGCCAGGUUCACACGGGAGGAUAAUUUGCCCAACAUUCCCCUUCCGACAUGCCCUGAUUAUCGGGAUGUUAUUUGGGUACACUGAAGGUAGGUUAUAUUUUUAUAUUUCCAUAGCUUUCUCUUUGAUUUAGGUCUGAUAGUUUUUCCCCAGUCUAGUUUUGUCACUUGGCAACACGUCAGUACUUUACAUCUUUGGACGUGCUGCUGAUUUUGUUGUUGUUUUACCGUCUUCCUAAACAUUUACAAGUGAAAAAUUUUUUUCAAUGCUUCUGUGUAGUUCUUACUGUUGAAUCAAAGGAAAUGUAGCAGGUUUGUCUGAUCAGGGUUCUGACUGCAACAAAAAAGUCCUUCAAGUGAAAAGAAUGCUAAUUAUUUAAUUUCAUUUCUUGCAAGGAUAUUUGUCUUCGUUUUUUAUAUAGGAAAUAAACUUUCUUUCAGUUGGUACUGUAAACAUAACAGGAAAGGAUAGCUAGACAAUGUUGACAUUUUUGCUAAGUUUCUGUCGGAUAUCUGACAUUUGUUAAUCUGCUUUAUAACAUGUCAAACUACAAAAUAUUUUUCAAUUGUUUCUUCUUAAAAUUAAUGAUUUGAAUACUUUUCGUGUAGAACCAGACACUUAUGCAAGUGUCUCCAGCUGUCCUUACUGGAAACAGAUGUAGAUUUCAUGAUGAUAGAAAAAGAGAUAAACAAUAAUGUUGCAAGGAAGAAUGGUCAAAAUGACUGAGUCUCUAGACAUACAAUGGCAAAUCCAUAGAGAAAUAUCCCCAAAAGACUUACAGCUGUAAUUGCAGGAUUAGGUAGUUCUGUAAAGUUUAAAUUUAGGCAGCCUCAAUAUAAAUGAACCAGAGUGUUUUUACUGCCAGACCUAAUGAAUAAAUUCAGGAUUUGUAUCUCGUUAAAAAGAGAUAACUUUUUCUGCAACUCAAUUUGUUGACUAGGUCUGGAUAUUCAACACUUACAUAUCAAUGAUAGGCACACUUUUCCAAUUUUUUUGUAAAAAAUAAAAUAAAAUCUGACAUGCAUACAUUUUCAUCCUCUUUGCAAUUAUGAAUGACUUUCUUUAAGAAUUUGUGCUCAAUUAAUGAAAUACUAAAUUCUUAGCAUCAUUCGUUUGCAAGACAUCUUAACAAAACAUGUUUUUUAAAAAGCUCUUAAAAGCUACUUAAUCCACAGCGUGGUGAUGUUAGAAAGGAAUUAACUAAAUGAAAAGUGUACAAAAUCAUUACGCUAUACAUAAAAUAAUAAAACAACAAAGCACAUACUUUUUGGUUUGACAUUAAUUCCAGUGUAUCAAUGUGAAAGUAGAAUUUACCUGUGUGAAAACAAUAAAGGAAGAGACAUUAAAAACUAUGAAAUACUGAUCAGGGCCUGUUUAUUAUGAAACAUAUUGAUCUGUCAUCUCAGUGAAAUUUUGAGAUCUACAUUUUCAGCCGCUUCACUGAAAGGGGGGUUGUGAAGGGAUUUAAAUUUAAAUCAUUUAAAUAACUUAUAACCGUGGCAGUAUUUGUAUUUAUUUGUGAGUAAAGAUAAAUCAAUUAAAUCAAUAAAAAAAUCUUCAUUUCUCUGUUAGCUUCAAAAAUAUGUACUGUUCACUAAAAUUAAGACACAUAUAGACAGUAAUCCUAUAGUGAAGGUGGGUUUUGCUUGAUGAGAAAAAUAAACUUUGCUUCUAUAUUUUUAGUUUACAGCAUGUGAUUUGCUUUUAUGUUUCAUGUUCCACUAAUAAAACACUCAAUAAUGUAAUAAAGCUCACGUCUCUACAAUAAACUAUCAUGUUGCAACGUUAAA